AUGAAGCUACAAAACUUGGCCUAUUUUGAAGUGAGAAAAUUUCAAAAUGAACAUUCUUGUUCGUUAGAUAUUCUCCAUCAUGAUCAUCGACAAUCAAGCAGCUCCCUAAUUGGUCAAUUUGUAAAGUCAAAGUUUGAGGGAGGAACCUCUCGUAUAUACAGACCUAGAGACAUCAUUGAUGAUGCUCGUGUUCAACUUUGUGUUAAUAUGGGUUCUAAUAUUCAACUUUGUGUUAAUAUGGGUUAUAAUAAAGCUUGGAGGGCAAGAGAAGCAGCACUAGAAAUUGCAAGAGGAUCGCCAGAGGAAUCAUUUGCUCAACUUCGAGCAUAUUGUGCUAUGUUAGAGCGUCGAAACCAAGAUACAAUAACACACAUAGAAAAUGAUGAUCAUAAUCACUUUCUAUGCUUUUUCAUGGCAAUUGGAGCCUCAAUUAGAGGAUUUCGUGAUUCUAUGAGGCCUGUUAUUGCUAUAGAUGGUACAUUUUUGAAAAGAAAGUACUUUGGAACCAUGUUAAUGGCUGCAUGCCAAGAUGGAGAGAAUCAAAUAUAUCCUUUGGCAUUUGGGGUGGUAGACUUAGAAAAUGAUGCCUCAUGGUCAUGGUUUUUGACAAAAUUAAGAGGGGCCAUUGGAGUUGUAGAGAACCUUGUGUUCAUAUCUGAUAGGUACGGAAGCAUCGCCAAAGUUGUGGAUAACGUUUUUCCUGAUGAGUAA